AUUUGUUUAUUAAUGCACAUUUGUAAACUGUGCAGAAAAAGAAGAAGAAGAAGAAGCCAUGUCUCCACUGAAAACAAAUACACCAGUAGUGGAUAUUUAAGUGGCAUAUAUUAGGAAUUUAAUCAUUUUUUAGAACUUUUAGGUCUGGUGUGUGUCCUGAAAGACUUACUGCAAUAGGAUAUGCUUUGGAAACUUUUCUUUCCUAUGUUGCAAAGCAUGCUUAUUUUGCGUAGUCAGUUCUUGAUGGCAUAAUUACAUACAUACGUACAUACAUACAAUGCAAACUUUGUGACAUCAGAUGUUCGUUUAAUUUAUACUUUUGGACACUGCAAUAUUGACUACUCUCAGACUGUUUUUCUGAAACACCUAAUAGCACUUAACUUUAUUUUUAUAUAAUUAACAUUUUUGAAUAGUUAAUCUUGCUUGACUGGAUUAUGGACCUUUCCAAAUAUAAUAUUUUAUAAAUCAAUUUUAUUAUAUAAAGCCAGUUUAUUAUAGCAUAUUUGGCUAUUGUCUGUACAAAUUACACAAUGACUUCAAUGUCCAGCCUUUUUUCAUUCACAAGUCCAGCUGUUAAACGACUUUUGGGGUGGAAACAAGGGGAUGAGGAAGAGAUGUGGGCUGAGAGGGCCGUGGAGGCCCUAGUGAAGAAACUGAAAAAGAAGCAAGGUGCAAUGGAAGAUUUGGAGAGAGCACUGAGUAGUCCUGGACAGCCUUCAAAAUGUGUUACAAUACCUCGCUCUUUAGAUGGACGUCUUCAGGUCUCUCACCGUAAGGGUCUCCCACAUGUUAUCUAUUGCCGUGUUUGGAGAUGGCCUGACCUCCAAAGCCAACAUGAGCUAAAACCAUUGGAGAUAUGCAAAUAUCCUUUUGGUUCCAGGCAAACAGAAGUGUGCAUCAAUCCUUACCACUACAAAAGAGUGGAGAGUCCAGUGUUGCCUCCAGUGUUAGUGCCUAGGCACAGUGAGUUUAAUACCCAGCACAGUCUUCUGGUCCGUCUUCGUAACAUGAGCCACAAUGAACCACUAAUGCCUCAUAAUGCAACAUUCCCAGAGUCCUUCCAAAUGCAGGGGUCUGGCUCAUCAUUUCCAACCCCAACCAUUUCUCCCUACUCAGCUUCUUUGGUGACUGGUGGCACAUAUUCCAGCUCUCCUACAUCAGGACCAUCAAGUCCAUUUGAGUUUCCAGCUGACACUCCACCACCUGUCCGUAAUCCACUUGAUGAUCAGACAGGGCAGGAUAACUCCCAGCCGAUGGAUACUGGAAACGGGUCAGUUCCCCGCAACAUUUCCUGGGGAGAUAUGCAGCCCGUGGAAUAUGAAGAGCCAAAAAACUGGUGUUCCAUUGUCUAUUAUGAAUUGAAUAACAGAGUAGGGGAGGCUUUCUAUGCUUCUUCUAUGAGUGUGCUGGUUGAUGGCUUCACUGAUCCUUCUAAUGAUAAGAAUCGUUUCUGCCUUGGCCUCUUCUCCAAUGUGAAUCGUAACUCCACCAUAGAAAAUACACGUCGCCAUAUUGGUAAAGGAGUGCAUCUUUAUUAUGUGGGGGGCGAAGUCUAUGCAGAAUGCCUAAGCGAUGCCAGCAUUUUUGUCCAAAGCAGAAACUGUAACUACCACCAUGGAUUUCACCCAACUACAGUAUGCAAGAUUCCAAGUGGCUGCAGCCUUAGAAUCUUUAACAAUCAGGAGUUUGCUCAGCUGUUAGCUCAGUCUGUCAACCAUGGAUUUGAAGCAGUCUAUGAGCUCACCAAGAUGUGCACCAUUCGAAUGAGUUUUGUUAAGGGAUGGGGAGCAGAAUAUCAUCGACAAGAUGUGACAAGUACUCCAUGCUGGAUUGAAGUUCACCUUCAUGGUCCUCUGCAGUGGCUGGAUAAAGUAUUAAAACAAAUGGACUCCCCAUGUAAUCCUAUUUCUUCUGUAUCAUAGUAAGAGGAAUGUUAUAUAGCAUUCACUGUAACAUUUUUCUUUUUGAUAUAGUAAUAAUUGUGAGCAAGGCUGAAUUUCCUAAUAUCUUGUAUGUCAUUAACAACUCAAUAUAAAUUAACUGACUGAUAAGCUGUGUCUUGUUAAUUUCAGGUCUAGAAUAUGCAUCAGCAGAUCUGAUUGAAUGUAUUUUAAUAUUGAGUUUGUGGUCAUUACAUCUUUGUUAGUAUUUUUCCCCUCAGUUUACAUUUUCAGUUUUUCUGCUUAAAAAAAAAAAAUAAAAUUACUUUUUUAUUCUCUUUUAACUUAAA